AUGCAGUACCAGGCACCAACCUACGAUGACGACGACCACACCUGGUUCCCCUUGGAUGAGCACGAGAACGAGUCCCCCCUGGCGAGCCCCGCCCAGUCAUUCCCACCCUCGGUCGUGAGCGACGAGCGGUAUGACAACUGGCCCCAGGCCCCCACCCCGUCCCCUGGUCCUUGCACCCCCUUGGUGCGCAGUUGCCACACCCCCUAUCCUGACAAUAGCAGCUUCUUCACAAACACCCCCACGCCUGAAAAAGAGAUCACAACAUCAACAAACAGAUUCAUCGAAGAAGACGAAAAUAGCAACGUUACGUUGGAAGAUUUCUUAAACGAAGACUCGUCAAACCUGCAACAGCUGAUAGAUUUAAUUCACAACUCAGCUAACAACAACACCUACAACAAUACCAACAGCACAUGCCAAGAAUUCAACAGCACAGGCUGUAACUUAAACAACACAUUUUUCAACGACGUACCAUUCAUGCCAGAAACAAAACAGCCGUCCCAGGAACCAACAACUUUCAACCGGAAACGCCGCAAUGGCAUUAACCUUGUUCACAACAAUGGUCAACGCCAGGCUUCCAAUAAUGGAGUUUACCAGGAGCACACAAGUGACCUUGAUCAAUUGACCUCCAGUGACCUUCAACAGAUGACCACCAGUUUCCUUUAUGAGGCGCCCCCAAGUGACCUUGAUCAGAUGCUCAACAGUAACCUUCAGCAAAUGACCAGCAAUGUCCUUUAUCAGGUGCCCACAAAUGGCAUUGAUCAGAUGCGCGCCAGUGACCUUGAUCAGACGCCCUCUGCCGACCUUCAACAGAUAACCACCAAUGUCCUAUAUCAUGAGCCCACUCCUUAUGCUCUUCAACUACCCAAAAAUGAUCUUAACCAAGCAGCAUCUGACAAUACCUUUUACCAAAUGCCCAAAGACAUUCCUCAAAAACCCACGUUUGGCCUUCCUCAAAAACCCACUUUUGACCUUCCUCAAAAACCCACUUUUGACCUUCCUCAAAAACCCACUUUUGAACUUCCUCAAAGCCCCACCUUUGACCUCCAUCAAAAACCCACCAGCGGCAUUAACACCUCAGGGUAUUGCCUUAAAAAUUGUCCAGUCUCACCUGCUACCUCUUAUGUAACACAUCCUCCAUCCCUACCUCCAGCGGAAGCCUCCACACCUACCUCACCCCCAUACCACAUGACCACUUCCGCCCAGAUUCUUGAACCACAGUUUCCACAAAACCUACUCACCACGGCGUCCUCAUCCAACCCCGGAACUCAAGAACCCCCCAAUUCACACAAUAGACUAGGCUACGAACAGUUCAACAGCACUAAAAUUGUAGCACGAACAAGCAACGGAAUUUCAAAUUCCGACUUGGAAUGCCAGAAAACAUAUCCCAAACAACUCCCGGAGCCUCCAGUUCUACCUUCAGCUGUGGAUGCUGAAGUGGAUAGCUACCAUUCCCUGAAAUUGGGUGAUGUGGACCCCUCUCUCGCUGCUGCUACGAUUCAGUACCUCAAUACUGGGAACGGGUUCCCCAUGGUGAAAUAUGAGCUUAAACAAAAAAUAUUGCUCAACCUCAGUCUUAAAGGGAAGGAUGACGUCAUCUUACAUGACCCCGCCCCCAAAGAAUAUGAGUUGACUCAAGAAGAGAUUGAAAAGAGAGAUCACAGGAAAGAACUGAAUCGAAAAUCAGCCGCGAAUUACAGGCAGAGUUUAAAGGCGAAGCAACAGGAAGCGGAAGAAAAACUUCAAGUCGAAGAGAAGCGUCAUGAAGUGCUGCAAGAAGCGUGCCAGAAAAUGCUCAAAGAAAAAGAGGAGUUUAUGGCUCGUCUACUUAACUUGGGCAUAUCACAAGAGAUUAUAAAUCUGCAUCUCAGCAUGGUAGGACUACAUGGCCCUGUGGUACAGAAUGGCCCAGGACAAAGCCGUGGCCAUAACACCAGGUGAAGGAUGUUGGCCCAAGUCUCAUGCCUCACUGUGGUUGUCUCCACAGGGCAGCAACAAGUCUUAAGUCAAGCACAUCAACCAUGGCAUUAUCAGCUAGCAUAGCCAAUGACCAUCUACAGCCGUUAUAUGAAUUUCUGGCCUUAGUCCAGUGGUCAACAGUGGUCAUCUCCAUAGGCUGACUGUCCAAUUAGUUCUCAGGAAAAAAGCUUCCAUUCCAUACCUAACCAUCCUUACUAAUUGAUCACAACUGAGCUACAACUACUCUAAGCCACUGAAUGCCAAUUUGGAGAAAGAUUGUAUUCAAGCAUAAACCUCCUUUUUAAUGUGCAAAACCCCUUUACAGUGUUUGCAUACUAUUUUGUUGCAUGCUUUAAUUUUGUUUUCUACUGUGUUUUUAAUUUUGUUUGAGAUAAAAACUAGCACCAUUUAUUUUUUAAUUAAAUAUACAAUUAUCAUUAAAAGAAACAUCGUUUUUGUAAACCCACAUUAUAAUUUUGAUCUGUUUUAGUCAUCUAGUUCAUUGAGUUACGUCCCUUACCAUUGAUUGCAUUUUACAAAAUAUUGUUUUAAAUUUUCAAUUAAUAUUAUUUAGUGUAACAGCAUAAUUCAGUUAUCUUAAAAAUUGUUUGUUAUGCUCAAAAACCAUUGUUGCCAUAAAGAAGUUAAGCAAUUUUUCCAUAUUAAUAUGCAUUAUUGUACAAAGUAUUAAUAAGCAAAUUGGUUUCUGUAUUAAUAAACUUAGUCAAUUUAAAGUGUGGAGUUCAAAUAGAAUAUAUUGCUUGCUGCAGUAUAAGUAUUGAUGGGUCGCACAAUAGUGCUGGUGUAUUGACCAACCAGUUAGUGUGUGAAAUAUCAUUUUAUGUGUACUUGCGAUUUUAUAUGGGUCGUGAAUAUUUGAUGAUUUAACACCUGGAAAACUUGAUAAAUGGCCCAGUUUAAUUGUUAAUGUAUAUUUGUAUAUAAUACAAAUUUUAAAAAAAUUGCAUUUGAAAAUGCUUUGUCAUUUGAUUUCAUUUCGUAAUUAAUUCUACAGGACUGAGAUCUUAUUUUGUUUCUUAUUUUCUAAUUUCACUAGUUAAUUUGUGUGUUUAAGCUUACAUGAUGUUAGCUAUUGAGUACUUGGUAUCUAAAAACUUUUUUUUUAAAUUAAAAAUAAUUAUCACUCAUUAAAAUGUAUUAGCAGCAUAAAUAUUGUAACGUUUGAGUAAUUUAAUAAUUUAUUUAAAAUGAAUUUCAUUAUAUUAUUUUAGAGUAAUUUCAUUCUUUUACAUUAAUGGGAGGGUUCCACUAUUUUAUGUUGUUAGGAGAAUUUCAAUAUUAAAAGAAUAUUUUACAGGAAAAUUUGGUUUAUAAACACAAGCACCUUGUUUUCAAUGUUUAUUUUUAAGUUUAUAAUUUUAUACUGAGUAUACUGUUUAUUUUUCUUUUUUUAAUUUGUGAUUUGUUUUAUUUUUUAUUUUAGUAAAUACUAAAAAAAUUGACUGUAGAAAAAAUGGCUUAAAAUUUGUGUGUGAUAAAUUUGGGCUGUAUGGCAGAUUAUAUUCUUUAUUUUAUAACAUUUAUAUGUCUUUAAUUUGUUGACAAAAUACACUUACUCUGAGAAAGAGUUACCACAGUUGCUUCCCUUGAUUGAUCCUGCUCCCUAGUUCAAAAAUGAUCAUAGGUAUUAUCAUGCUUGUGUGUUAAAAUGUAAAUAAUGUUAUAUGUUUUAACGCUCAUUAAAAAUAGAUUCUCUUUAUGACGUUGUUAAGGAUAAGCAAUCCUAAAAUCGUUCAUGUAUGUUUUAAAUCCUUCUCCGUUUAUCUACUAAGAUUAGAGAAUAUUUAAAAAAUAUUGUUGAGAUUUUUAAUUAAAUAAAAAAACUAUUUUUUAAAUACCUUUUUAUUAUUUUUUCUAACAAAUUUGUUUGAUAUAAAGAUUGUUUCCACAUUUAUAGUGACCAGCCACAAAUAAUUAAACCACCAUUUUAUGGAAAAUAUUUCUUUUUUUAUUCCAAUUUUUUAAAUUAUAAUUAUUUGGUUAUUUCCCUUUAAAUUUAGCCCCUCUUCUUGCUAGUUGCAUUUAAAAUUG